GUCACCUGACAGGGCCGGUGCACGUGACUCCUACGUCAUCACCCCUGUGCGAGUCCUGCGCAAUGAGUGACUGCGGUGCGGGGUGAGAACGAUGAGUAAGAUUUGUGCUGUGUUUGGUGGAUCCAGAGGGAUUGGAAAAGCCGUGGCCAAGUUAUUAGUGGAAAAAGACCAUAAGGUGGCUGUGAUAUCCAGGAAUCUGGACCUAGCUAAAGCCACCACUGAAGAGAUUGGAGGUCACCUGGCACUCAGCUGUGACGUUUCUAAAGAACAUGAAGUUCAGCGCACAUUUCAAGAGAUUGUAAAAAAUAUUGGCAAUGUAACCUACCUGGUCAAUGCAGCUGGAAUAAAUAGAGAUGCGUUGUUGUUAAGAACCAAGACAGAAGACAUAUUGUCUCAGCUUUCCAUUAACCUCAUGGGGACAAUGUACACCUGUAAAGUGGCACUGAGGGGCAUGGUCCAGCAGCAGCAGGGAGCCAUUGUCAACAUUGGCAGUAUUGUUGGCCAUAAGGGUAACGCUGGACAGAGUGUUUACAGCGCCAGUAAGGAAGGCUUGGUUGGAUUUUCCAAGUCGCUCGCUAAAGAAGUUGCAAAGAAGAAUAUUCGGGUUAAUGUGGUCGCCCCUGGAUUUAUUCACACGGACAUGACUUUAAGUUUAGAAGAGACCUCUGUAAAUCACAAUAUUCCGCUGGGAAGAUUUGGAGAGGUGGAUGACGUUGCACAGGCUGUCACUUUCUUGCUCAGUUCCCCAUAUAUUACUGGUCAUGUAUUAGUGGUGGAUGGAGGUUUACAACUUCAGAUCUGAGCUGCUGUGCCAUCUUUCCCAGGACUGUUCCUACCAGAGAAGAAAUAGGAAAUGUUUAUAGGGUAAACAUUAUUAGAUAAGAAGUCCUACUUUUUUACGGAACCUAACAAGCCACAUGUGCUCUGGGAAUGAACAGGAUUUGUACAUAUGAAGCACAGCAUAGAAACCUAUGACAAGAUAAUGUUAUUUGGUGUGCCCUUCAGAUGUUCUUGGAUUGAGUGCUGUGCAGUCAAUAUAUUACAGAGAUGAUAGAACAUCCUCACAUUUAUUGGAUCUCCUUGUUUGCACAUAAACUGGUGGAAGUGAAUUAAACAGCUGCCAGGAAA